GGAAGUGGGUCCCCUUGUUUACAUCUCUGUCUUACAGUUUCCAGGCUGACAAAGACAAACCGCAUCAAAGCCUGUCUUGUAGCUGAAGUCACAUGAUCAGCAGAGGAACUACCAAACACUCCACCCUCCGCCUCUGUGAACACCCACGGGCCCAUAUAUACCUCAUCAGCCCCAUCUCACAAAAACACAUCAGAGAACACAUCAAGCAAAGAGAAAGAAAGAUUUUACAGGGUGGAAAAAGAGCCCUUUCUAGAUAAAUUGAAACAGUAGCCAAAACCAACAAAAAUGCUUCUGACGUAUUUCAUCUUUGGGCUGAUUACCUUUCUUAUGACAGGAGCUCAAUGUGAGGUAACCGAGGUGCUUGUUGAAGCAGGCUCUCAGGCUAUUCUACCCUGUAAAAGCGACUCUUCAUCCCCCUUUCCCCCUGCCAUCGUCUGGAGUCAAGCCAACAAAGGCACUGUUUGGAGGAGGCAAAAGAGUGGCCUGCACUACUGGGGCGCCAUUUGGUCCCACCGCGUACGAUGCCCCCACUCCCAGUUCGAAAGAGGCGAUUACAGCCUGCAAAUCAACAAUGUGAGAGAGGCGGAUGGAGGCGUUUACACCUGCCAAGUGCAACACAGAGACCACCUUUUUGAAAAUGUGGUCAUGCUUAGAGUCAUCAAAGUAUCGGUCUCCCCAGCGGUUCCCACUACAGGGAAUGAUGUUACAAUCACCUGUAAUGUGACUCCUGGGCCUUCGGAAGACAGCGUGCAGUGGAAAUUGAACAACAGCCCAUUUGUGUCUCAGACUCGCAUCACCUCACAAAGAGUAGUCAUCCCUAAAAAUGUUGUGAAGGAAAAGGCAACUAUGAAACUGACAGGAAACUGGACUUGUGUUGUGUACUCUAAGGGCAAAGAGGGGCGAGCUUCAGCAUCUCUGUCUGUUAAAGGAAUCAUCCAACCACCCAAAGACAACAAAAAGGUGUAUGCUGCCAUGGGGUCUGCAGUCACACUCCCCUGUGUGUUCAGCCGUGGUUUAAAUGCCUCAGAACCACUCUGGGAGAAACUGAAAGCCAGCUAUCUUUUUAAUCCUGCCCCCGACCACCUUCCUCCCUCCUUCUCCCAAUCCUUCCUGUCCUCUCAGGUGCCCUGGGACAGGUCUGCCAGUGUGGAAGAGGUUGGGUUUGGGGAUGAGGGCAAAUACAGAUGCUCUGGGACCAUCGGAGAACAAAGACUGACUCGAUAUAUGCAGCUCGUUGUUGCCAAAAUUGACAGCACAACCCCAUCAAAGAAAAAAGCCUCAAUGACGCUGACCUGCCAACUGACCGACGAAAGCGAAGUCACCGAGUAUGAGUGGGUUCAUGUGACCUAUGACCUCAAUGGCACCCAGUCAGUUGAGUCCAUCCAGAAUGGAAAGACUCUUAGCAUCGGCAAGGUGUCAGAUGAGAACUGGGGCGAAUGGGCAUGUCGUUUCUAUGGGAAAGAAGGCAUUUUGGGAAACGUAACAUACAACGUUCAACUGAUGAGUGGUUUGAGUGGAAAAAAAUCAACAGGUCUCUCACACAACACCACAGCAGUGGUCGGUCUCAGCAUCCUGCUCGUUGUUCUGCUGCUGAUUCUGGCUCAGAUGUACAAAAACCACCAAAGGAGGAAAAGGAUCUUUCAGUACCCUGCGCUGGAGACGAUUGUUCACACCAUCUCCAAUGAGCGUGAGGAGAGAGAGAGGAGCCACGUGAAAGAGUAAAGACAUGUUAAAGAAAAGGCAUUGCAAGAAAGUAUUCACUGUCCCAAGUGAGAUGUGUUUUCUUCAAGCCUGCAAAAAGUUGGGAGUUGUUUUGCACAGGUUUUUAUAAAUACAGUAUAUUCAGAGCAGACGUUGUAGCAGUCCUGUUGUUGUUUCAAGAAUUUAAAAUGUUGUAUAUAUAUAUAUCCUGUUAUUUCUGUUGUAACUGUUUUGUUCAAUGUGAGAAUGUAUUUGCUUGUGUAUAUACUGAGAAUAAAGUGUUUUAAAAAUA